AUGAUAACCCUCCUUGCUUUUCUUCUGGUCUUGGGCCUGCCACGGGUGGAGAGCAAUGUCACCACGCUGGCAAGUCAAGGGUCUACCUUGAGGUGUCACGUUUGUGAGCAGGAGAACAAUGUCGAAUGCCAAGCUCCAGAGAACUGUGACACGGGCUCUAACUACUGUAUCUCUGCUGCCGUGAGAAUAUUUCCACGGUACUUCCUUAAUUCUAAGCAGUGUGCAGUGAACUGUGGGUUGUAUGAGACACUUUCACGGAUGGCCAGGUCGUUCGUGCUCAUAAAGCCCACACCCUUUCUGUUCCUGGCGUGCUCCCAGGCCCUGCAGUGCGAGCCUCUGGUGGAGUGUGCCCCGCCCGACAAGUACUGUGUGAUUACUCGGGCCGCCAGCCCCAGCGGCGUCCUGGUCAUGAAGUCCUGCGCCCCGACCUGCCCCAACAGCACCGUGACCUCGGACGGCGUGGCCCUCUCCGUCUCCUGCUGCCAGGACAGCCAGUGCCAGAGCAGCGCGGCCGCGGGGCUGCGGGGCGGCCCAGGCUCCCUGGGGGCCACCGCCGCGGCCAGCCUGCUGUGGGCGCUGCUCCGGGCAGCCUGCUGA